CUGGUAUUUAAAUGGCUCUCCAUGAUGUUUUAUUAUGUGCAAUAAAAUGUUGGCAACAACAAAUAAAAAUUGUUAUAUAUAAAGUUUUAUUAUAGAGAACUCCGGGUCUCCUCCCGCUUGGAUGGACGUGUGAAUCCGCGCAUGCGCUCCACCGCCUCUGUCCGCCAGGGCGGUGAUCUCUCUCCCUCUCUCUCUCUCUCACACACACACACACACACACACUCUUUCUGUCUGUCUCUUUAUCACUCUCUCUCUCUCUCUCUGGGAAAAACCCGAGCAGGAGGAAAGCAGCAGAAGGGGGAGGAGGAGGACUCCUUCUUCUUCUUCUUGUUCUUCUUCCGAUACAGCGGCGGCAGCAGCAGGAUAUUUAGAAAAAAUAAAUAAAAAAAAAAUCAACGCACCAAACCCCCCUGGUGCGGAGCGGCAGAGGAAGAAAAAAAAAAAAAACCACACGGAUGUGCCUCCGAAAGCGCAGCGGAUACCGCCCUCCGGACCUUAUUAAUGCCAAGAUUGUGAGUAUCUGAUCGGCUGCAGAAACGAGCUUGAAGCGGGGAGGGGAGGGGAGCUGCUUUCAGUGUGAUUUCCCCUUCCCCGGUCUUCAGUCAGCGGCGGGGCUUUUCCUCGCUCCGCGGUGUUGAGGAAAAGGAGAGGUCCGAGGCAGAAGGGGGGAUGACAUGCAUGUGUCCGGCCUGCUAACAUCGCUGACGAUUCGCACACUAACUGACUGCCCGCCCUCACGACAUGACGGACGUUCUGUACACAGGUCCGAUCCCGGCCGAGCGAGGGGGCGAGCUGGCCAUGGGGGGAGGUCGCAGCGAGACCUCGGCACUGAGCGGGACGGGAGGGGGGCGAGGCAUGACCACCACCCAGAAUUCCCAACGGCCCAACGCCUGCUGCUUCUGCUGGUGCUGCUGUUGCAGCUGCUCAUGUCUCACCAUCAGGAAUGAAGAGGAGCGACGGAGGCGGAGGAGGAGGAAGAGAAUAUCACAGGACACCAAGAUGGAAACCAUACCAAACUGUGAAGCUUGCACCAAACCCUCAAUGGAAGAGAUUCGGCUCUGGUCUCAGUCCUUUGACAAGCUGAUGAGGAACCCGGCGGGCCGGAACGUUUUCCGGGAGUUCCUGCGGACGGAGUACAGCGAGGAGAACAUGCUGUUCUGGCUGGCCUGUGAAGACCUCAAACAGGAAAUAAACAAGAGCACUGUCGAGGAGAAAGCACGCUCCAUAUAUGAGGACUAUAUUUCCAUAUUGUCGCCAAAAGAGGUGAGUCUGGAUGCCCGGGUUCGAGAGGUGAUCAACAGGAAGAUGCAGGACCCGACGCCUCAAACGUUCGAAGACGCCCAGCUGCAGAUCUACACGCUGAUGCACAGGGACUCCUACCCACGAUUCCUCUCCUCCAACAUCUACAAGUCGCUCGUUCACGGCGGCUCGCGUACCUCCUCUGAAUCCUAGUCCCACACCGCCUCCCCCUCAUCCUCCUCUUCUCUUGAUCCUACACUUAUAGGAUCGACGCCAGACCAUUUCAUCGCUUCUCUCGCACACUCCUCCGGGUCCAGAACUUUGCAAAAAUGAUCAGACUCCUCCUCAGUUCACUUCUCCUUUUCUCAGAAUCCCAAAUCUCUCCAAUUACUGCCAAGACUUUCUUCUCUUUUUCGUUUCUCUCCCUCCUCUUUUAGUACUGUUGCCAAGACCUCCUCUCUUCUCGUCCCUUCUCUCCAGUUGACUCCUCUCUUCUGUAGUCCAUCUAUUCUCUCUUUCUUGACAUUUAAUCUUCCUUUUAACUUUUGUUCCUUUCUCUUCCACCUUGAUCCAUUCUCCUCUCCAGUCUAGUGUGAAGGCCUUCAAAAGCAGGAAAAUGAAAAAAGCAUUAUAUUAAAAUAAAUGGUCAACAUAAAAAACAUGGACACAUUAAAUAUAAAAUAUCUGUCUUGCACUUAUUGUGAAAAGAGGAAGAAAAGGCAGUUGAAUUAAAUUAAAAAUAUAAUGUUGGGACAAGGGUUCAAGUUUUUGUAAUAUGGACAAUAUAUCAAAAUGUAACAAUUUUUUAUGUUAAUACCCACAAAUACUUCACAUGUCCACAAUUAGAUUUUGUUAAGAUGAAAAAAAAAAUUAACAGCAGUGAAACCAGAAAGAAUCAUAAAGACACACACAAUUUAUAUUCAUGAAAUUCUAAUCAACAUUUUCUCAAGUCUGAAAAUAGAGCCGAGCAAUGCUGUAUUUUUAAAAGGCAGAUAUUAUCGAAUUAAGUCAGUGAUGAUGUAUGGACAGAUUAGAUAUUAACAUAAACAGCAUUUUGGAUCAGUUUGACAAAAAAUAAAUCUUAACUGAACGUCCAGUUACUUUUUUUUGUAGCUUUUUCUGGAGCUUUUAACCGCAUCUCCUGGUCUUCCUCAGCAGAUGGUCUUUGCACAGUUUAAAAGGUCAGAGCCAACUCCAUCUGACAGGUGGAGACAUGUUAACAAUAUAUCAAGCUCCACUUACUGACUUAUCCAAAGCUUUCAACCACAUCACCCUGUCUUCCUCAGCAGCUGGUGGUUGCACAGUUUGACAGUUCAGAGCAAAUUGAAAACUUUGGAAUAAACCAUUUAAUUGACCAGUUAAAAAAAAAAAAACAAUAGAUCCAUUUUUUUUUCUCUAGAUAUUAAGAUAUUUACUGAGUUGAGAAUAAACCUGUCAUUUCUUUCCUGGCCAUGCAGACGUAUCAGUCAGACUCAGUUCAUAAAUGUCCUGGUUUCACCUGUCCUUAAGAUUCCUUAAGUUACUAUCCUUAUUUCUGUCAUCUUCUUUUCUUCCACAUCACUCCUUCUAUUCAUCCUUUCCUCCAGUGUUCUGUCGUAGAGCCUCUUCUCCUCUCUCACCUUCCUUGUGUUUCCUAACUUUUUCCCUCUUUUUCACCUCGACUCCUGAAUGGAGCAGGAAGUGAUCUGGGGUGUGAAAGUAUGUCUUUGGGAUAUCAUCUACUGUUACGUGGAGAUGUAUGUAUUACUUUGGGAGAUUUUCAUGCAUUUCAAAGGGGAGAAAUAUUCUUCUGUGCCAUGGAUUCUUUGUGGAUUUUUACCCCCCCACCCCCAUGACUGUCCAGUCAACUUUAAGAGCCAAUUAAAGGUGGAUGUUCCUGACCUCCGCCCACCUCAUCGCCUUGUUUUUCAUGCUUCGGUUGCCUCUACUUCAGGACUGACGGAAGGCAAAACAACGAGAUUGAUGCUGGCUCAUUCCCCUUCUUUCUCUCUUUUCUUUUUCUCUCUUUCAACUGGAAAACACAGGGUGCUUGUGCUACAAAGGACAAAAAAGUUCAGUUUCUUCUUCCUGUUUUUAUUUCUCCCUCACCACUCGUUUGCUGGAUUAAUCAUUUCACUCCUGUGAUAAACAAACGGACGAACGGAUGGAUGUCAAUUCCUUCCAACUACUGAUUUACAAACAGACAAGACGUCUAUUUUUUAAGAGAAAACUAUAUGGAACAUUUUAAUUAUGCUGAUUUUUUUUUUUUUUUUUUUCUCCCAUUCUCUCCCAUUCCUGGAUGUUUUGCAAGAAGAGGAGGAUUCCUCUGAGGCUGUACUGAUCCCCACCCAAAGCAACACCACAGACACUGCAAUAAAACACUGGAGUUCAGAAAAACAACACACAUACAUGUGUACACCUGCACACAUUUAAAAAAUUUGUGUUACUAUACAUCCGGACGACUUUCAGUUUCAGCCUAUUAGUACAAUUCCUCCCCAUUCAAGCCAUUAAUGUUUAGCAAAAUUUGACGACCAAAUUAGGAGAAAAAAUGAAUCCAUAGUAGAGCUGAAUCAGUUAGUGGAUUAAUUGAUCGGUCGGUCAGCUUCUCAAAUGUGACAAUUUGCUGCUUUUUUUGGUGUUUUAUAUUAUUCUAAAUUGAAUGUUGAAUGUUUUUGGGAUUUGGACUGAGACAAAACAAAAUGUGAAGCACUUUGGGUUAUCUGAACUUGUAAUUUGCAUUUUUUUUUAGACUAAAACAAUCAAAAAAUAACUCAAAGAUUAAUCAGAAAUAAAAAUAUAUUUUAGUUGCAGCCAUAGAUCCCAGUCAAACUGUAUCAUCUAUCAACUUAAAGCUGCACCAGGAAAAAGAGCCCAUGUAAAAUUGACACUAUAUCAACUUAAUAAACAACGAACAGACAACAAGGAUCCACAAACAAUUAAUAUUUUUUUCUGUACGACAUGGAGGAAAACGUCUAUAUGUGGAGGAAGAAGUGAAUCAAACUGUGAUAUAUUCUCUAUAUGAUAUAAAAUUUAAAACAAUUCCUUCCCUAUUCACCUCCGGUUACAAAUACAGUGAAAUUUAUGCUGUGUUUUGUCCUAUGGAAAUCAUUUUCAAUUUGAAAACACUGUUCAGACCAUUUUGUAGUUGGUAUUGAAAAAAUAAAUUUCAUAAAUAUGAAAAAAGAAUUUAUGAAAUUUCCAAUAUUUGUUUAAGUGUUUUCAACUUAAAAGUAUAAGUUGUCCUAAUGAGUAUAGUAAUACAAAAACAAACACAAACACACAAACACACACACACACACACACACACACACACACACACACACCAGGGUGGCCUACCUGGGCACUGCUGCUGCUGACCUCUGCCUUUGUGACCUCUCACCUUUGACCUCACCACUGUCCGUCACCCUCUCGGGACACCUGCUCCUGAUUGGCAGCAGGAGGCCGCAGGGCUGAUCUGUGGUUGGUCGAUUCAGGAAGGGGAGUGGAAGGAAAUCCCAGGUGCAAAAAAAUAUAUAGAUAUAUUAAUGACAAACAACUAUUAAAAAAUAUAUAGAGAAAAAAGAAGAUACCUAUUAUGUGAGAUGGGAUGCUUACACCCAGUGCUUCAUGGGAAAUGUAGGUUGAGGAAAACAAAUGUUAGUAGUUGUCUGCGGAGGCAGAGACAACAGAUUUGAAAAAAAUAGAAAAAAAAAAAAGAAGAGAUGCCUAGGUCUUAACCAGACUGGUCACUCAGAAUGCAUUUAUCUUAGUAUUGUUAAUGUUAUUUAUUUUAUAUUUUGUUAAAACUGUGAUUUUAAUUGUACAUAUAUAAACGGAAACCCUUGAACAUCCA